GCGACUGAUCGUACUUGGCACUGUCCGUACAGUACAGUUAGAAUGCAUCAUCUCGAGCUUCGCAAAAAAUCCCCAACGUCCAACAGCCAUCCUGCCCCGGUGACAGUUGGAUGUGUUGCCGUUCCACGUAGCGGUGCCUUGCCGACAGAGGAACAGGUUUAGCUGAAGUGCAAUUUGUACAAUCAGGUUCAAAACUGUUUACCAAAGCCAACACCAGCCAGCACGCUUGCAGACUGCCGAGUAACGGAUCAGCCAGACCAAUGUCAGGGUCGUCUGCAUGGUAGCGUGAUCGUGAUUUUACACUACUUCAGCGACAGUUGAGCAUCAGAAAGGGAUGUCCUACAACCGUUUGUAAGUGUUUGAAGAUGCUCUUCUUCGAAAAAUGCCAACCAUACCAUACUCACAUUCAUCACACCAAAUCCUGUCCGCCAUCGCUUUUUAUACGAUCGUUCAAAAGUCCUUCCGAAGUUCGCUCCACGUACACGCAAACGGAGUGCCAUGGAUCAAUAAAACCAACUCCAGCAACUAUCUAACACCAUUCCUUCCUUUGCCACUCUCGCACGAAAUUACGGUGCUGCCGGUACAGUGGGGCGCGGUCGUCCGUUUCGGUGUGUAGUUUUCACUUGUAGCCACACACUCCGAACAGGUUGAUCGAAAUGGGUUUCGCGCAGUUACUCUUGGAACGUCGCGAAACGUGGUCGAGUGCCGUGAUUAGUCCGUCCGUGUCUUUGCUACACAACCGGAUGCUCUCGCUGGAAGCUAUCCCAGGUUGCAGAUGCUAAGGAUCGUUCAAGACAAGUGAAAGAAAACGAUCGAGACGAUAGGUGUAUGUGUGUGUGUGUGAUCUUUUUGUGUGUGAAAUACAUCGAGUCUAAAGUAACUCGAUAAAGUGCUUACGCUUAAGAGCUUCUCCUUGCAACGUGUGUCAUUUCGUGAUAAGUGCUUUUGAAAGUGAUAUUCCUCGUGCACGUGCACUCGUGAAAUCAUCUUCCUUACUUUCUUCCCGCGCAAGUGCGAGUGAAAAUUUUUAACCAUCACUUCACGUCUAAAUCACAUCUAAUCGUGCACAGUCAGCGGUGUUGUGCUGCCAUCGAAACGCUAUUUAGCGAAGGAAUCUACUAAAACCCAGAUCCGGUGGCCCCGGAGCAUCGGGCCUGGAGAAAAUGGCCAUUCAAAUGGAACAAGUACUUUUCCUUGUGCUUUCGCUGUACGCGACACUAACCGUUGGCGAUCAUGCCCCUCCGUUUAAGCCAUUGCUUCCUUCAUCCUACACCAAGUCGCCCCUAAUGUAUCCAAGCUUUGUGCCCAAGCAUAGCGUCGGACUAAAACCCUACAUGACGCAGUUCCGUUCAGGCACGCGUCUAGCACCAGUAGCGAUUCGGCCAGCUCCAUCAAUGAUUAUGAGUUUGAAAAGACCCAUCAAAUCCAUUCUAAGCCACCCUUCGCUUAUGAAGCAACCGCUACUGAAACGUCCUCCACCACCAUUAGCAUUUGCCGCCGCAAGCAUUAAGCAUCACAAAUUUCACAGUUCACCACCAGGACCGAGCACCGGUGAGAUAGUAUUCGAGAAGCUCAAACCGAUCGCCACGAAACUUACUUCUCACAAGGAUGGAGCGAUCCAUACGAUCCCUGCCCCAAACCUGGGACUCACGAAACCUCCGAAAGGACCCAACCAGAUACGAGUUACGUCGUACGAGGACAGCAACAAGCUGGAGAUUGAGGUGAAAACAACCAAGCCCACGUUUACAGCAAAGCCAGCCUUUUUGAACCUUAGCCCAACGCCCGCACCGGCUGUAGGGGUCUACAACCAUCACGCAAUCGGUAAUCCGCAUCAGUAUCAGGUGACUGAGGAGCACUCGAAUGAUGUAACUAUUGGUGACCUGUACUCGGGCAAGAAGACUUACUUCGCACCGGAUCCGGAUCCAUCAUUGCCGAGCAAAACACUCCUACCGACAUCCGAUCCACUCAGCAUACCGAGCAAUGGCAAGUUUGCUCCAGCCAGCGUACUCGUACAGUCUCCGGUGGCUCACUAUCCGUUGCAGCCCCAAACCAGUGCUUCGGCCGUGAUCCAGUACGUUAAUGCAGUUCCGCAGGCCAGCUACGCGAUUCCGCUCGCUACCCAGCCACAGCUUCAACAGCACAUUCUGCAACAAACGGCCAUGCUGCAGGAAAUGCCCGUUUCGCUCUAUAAUCCCACCUAUCUUGUGACCCAAUCCAACAACCUCUUCAACACCCACCAACAGCAGGGGUCCGUGAACCUCUUCAAACCUGAUACCAACUUCCUUGGCACGAUGCAACACCAGCAACACCAUCAGCAGCCGCAGCAACAGCAACAACAGCAGCAUCAAGUACAUGUCCAAACGCAAACGCAAGCGCCUCCUCCGGUUCCGACGACCGUACUUUUCAACUCGUACAAUACGUACAAGCACAGUGAACCGGCCGCCAGUACGGGACAGAUCCUGUCCGCUACCCAGGAUCAGCUCCACGAGCUCCAAUCCGUAGUUAAUCAAAUUCAGCUGAAUGACAUCCACAACCAGCACUCGUCGGACAUGCCAACGUACGCGCAGCUCGUAGGACACGAACAACCGUCCAUACAUCAGCAGCAGAUUCCCCAGCUCAACCAGCUCGAGCAACAGCUCCAGCAACAGCUGAUCCAACAGCACCAGCAUGAAAAGGGUAACUCGCAGCGACAGAUGACCGAUGGGGAGAUUGCUAACCUGCUCAACUACGGUAUGAUUAAUCUGCACAACAAUUUAUCUCCGAGCGAUUACUACCACUAUCAGGUAGAUCAACCGACGGCGGUUCAGUCGGCGGGACAUCAUUCAUUCUACGAACUAUCGGAGCGGCAGAAGGAAAAUGACCGCAUACUGGCCCAGGCUCACCAAGAACUCUACAACCAUCAGCAACAGCAGCAACAGUACCAACAGCAACAACAACAUCAGUAUCAGCAACAGUUGCAACAUCAGCAGGAGCAAAACCAAGUACAACAGCAUCCAUUGCCACAGCAGUACCAGCAGGAUAGCCAUUCUGACUACUUGCAAGCGUACCAAGAGCAUCAGCUUGCCGUGUCCAACAUUCUAGGGUUGCAAGACAAACAAUCGCCAGCUGGUGGUUCCGUACAGCAGCAGUACCAUCACCACCACGCUGCCAUUGGUAGCACGAUCGAGCCGCAGGUGACCCAGAGUCCGCUACGGAUAUACGUACCAGAUGGAGAGCACGAAUACUCCAACAAUAUAAACGCACAACAACGGAUGGACGAGAUCGAUUUUGAGUACGCUGAUGUGGAUGGACUGGAUCACGGUUUCGAGGAUAGUACGACAACAAAUGCCCAGGCACGGAAUGAGGACCCUGACACGCCGUCCUCGUCGGAUGAUAAUACUACUACCAACGCUUACUACGACGAACGGACAGCGGAUGAUGUAGGCGAGGAUGGAGAUAUGUAUUACAACAAAAACCUUAGUAACCAUCGGCUCGAUUAAGAGGGCGAUCGUUCAACAUGCGCAGCAAGCCAGUCUAUGUUUAAGCCUGUUUCGUACCCAUGAUUGUACUGUACAGCUGGUUGUUGAUCGGAUCAUGGGAAGAAUGUUCAAUAGGUACGGGGUACAUCGCAUAAAACUGUACACCUUUAGUACGUAGCUGUGUAGCGACACAUUAUUUAUUUCAUCUAUAAAUAAAGUAAAUGAACCUUA